UGACGUCUGAACAAGUAUGGGAGAGAAGGUGGGUAACGCGGAGGUGUUGGUGGGGGGUACAUGGCACCAGGCUCGCCUCACACUCGAGGGCGACCUGCUUUUUGUUACACUCACGGACCUCGACGACCUCAACCUGCAAGGCUCAGAUGGCGAAGGAGGCCCCAGUGACGUCCCUGAGCCAAUAGCCAGCCAGAAGCGGGUCGUUCAGAUAUGCAAGUCUGACAACAAUGGCCUCGGAAUAUCCAUUAAGGGUGGACGCGAGAACAAGAUGCCGAUCCUCAUUUCCAAAAUCUUCAAGGGAAUGGCUGCAGACCUGACUGAGAACCUUUACGUGGGUGAUGCCAUCCUAUCCGUCAACGGUGAAGACCUCAAAGAAGCCACACACGAUGAGGCCGUCCGAGCCCUCAAGCGAGCGGGCAAAGUUGUUACACUAGAAGUUAAAUACCUGCGUGAGGUAACACCAUACUUCCGCAAGGCCUCAGUCAUGGCUGACAUCGGCUGGGAGCUCCAGUCGGGGUUCCUAGGUGCAGAAAAUGGGUUCCUGAACAAUGACGAGGACCGCAGCUCCCCUGUCAUGACCAAUGGACCUGACACACGCUCGCUGCCACUACUCUUCUGUCACUUGACCCGAAAUUACAAAUGCGAAGAGCAGUACAGCUUAGAACUGCACUCACCUGACCGCCUGCACAGCCUCAUGAUAAAGUGCCCAUCAGAAGCAGACAUUACCGGGUGGUACAAUGCCCUCCACUCCACACUGGAUCGCCUCAUGCAGUCGGCCCUCCAGCACGCCAACAAGAUGCUAGGCGAUGUCCUUGAUAAAGCCACCAUACAUCAUAUAGGCUGGCUCAAGCUGAAGGUGGACCAGGGCAAGGAGGAGUGGGAGCCUCAGUUCUGCGCAGUCACAGACCAUGAUAUGAUCCUCUUCCAGGAGGUUCCCUGGACAAAAGAAGCUUGGGCAAACCCCCUCGUUUUUUAUCCACUACUGGCAACUAGAAUUGUCAACUCGACACAUAAGGGAUCUCUAGGGGGCAGUGAGCCUAUCACAAUGACUAUGAGGUGUGGCACCCAGGAGGGCGUGUGCACGAGUGUCUUCCGGCAUGACACACAGCGUGACUUAGCUACUUGGGUGAAGGUGCUAGUCCAGGGAGCACAUAAUGCUGUGCAAAGACAGAAGGAAGUUGCUUGCUAUUGCGAGUGGAGGGGAGUCGAGGCCAAGCUAGUCCUACAUCAUGAGGAUGGCUUCACGCUGCUCUCAACACAUGAUGCAGCAGGCGGGCGUGGACGUGUUCUAUGGACGCAGCCCUUCCACAAACUAGUCAUGAGCUCGGACGAUGGAGCGAGACUCAUCUGGCUGCGCUUUGACGGGGACAUGGAAGUUGAGCUGGACCUAAAAACCAACCCCAAGCCAUUCGUGUUCAUCCUGCACACCUUCCUGUCAGCCAAGGUUCACCAACAGUCCCUCUCCUGACGCAAGCUGGACCAAAAGACCUGGACACGACCAUCAGUCACAGGGCCAUCUGAUGCCAGUAGCAAAACCGAAGCCCUCGACCAAUCCAAUCCUCCCCAACCAAACGCAAGAAGCUUGUCGAGCCAGGCUGGGGCAACCCAAGCCAGCACAAGUCAAGCCAGUGCAAGCAAAGGAGGGAAAGCCCCCCCUUCCUCUUCGCCAGGAAGACCAUCCGCCCAGAUUGAGCCCGGAGCAGCUGCCGCCCUCCAGCCCGAGCCACGGUCACAGCUGAAAACUUCCAAGGGCCAGGCUGACCUCAAGAGUGUUGCCGCAGCCAAAGGAACUAAAAUCAACUGGUGCGCGAGUUAAGAAUGGUCAAUGCCUAGCAAUCCAAUUUUAUUUUAAGGGAGGCCAUUUAUUCAAAGGUAAAAGGUAAACGUUAGUAAAAGUGAUUUUUUUAAUGAGUGGUAAGACCAAGAAUAUUACAUUAUCCCCAAGAUGAAAGAUGCCAUGAAGGGGCGAACCUUCUACUCCUUUCGUUUCAGUGAAUACUGAAAAUAAGAAACUAAGUCAUGAGUCUUGGAAUAGGAAAUGAGAGAUUAAACAGCCUCCAUGUGGUUUAUUUUUUGUUUCAUAGUUUAAGGAUUAGUGAACUAGUUUCUUUUCUUUUCCUUCAUCCUUCUUUUUUUCUCCUUUUUUUUUUUUCUUUUUUAACAUGUAAAUGUUAUGCACUGUUCUGUAUAUACACACUUGUAAUAUAGAGACAUGUUCACAUUUAGUUACAUCAGACUCACACAUAUAAAUUAAUUAUUAUUUACAUAGUUGUUAGAUGAAAAGUAUAUAGGAUUAUUUUUGUGUGUUAAGGGCUGGUUAGCACAAUGGGGUUCAUACGUCACGUUGAUUCUAGUGAACCGUAGACGCUGGAGACACAGCGAUUCAGACCUUCCUCUCACCCGUUCAGUCCCGUCUUCUUGUUAUCGAUAGCUCAACUCAGGAUCAUGAAUCUGUUGGGGAAGUUGUUGUUCCCUAAUCAUCCCCUUCUUCCCUGCCUUCUAUCUUUUGUUUUACACAUUUCUCUUGACUCUUAAUACUGCUUGUGUUUUUUGCCAUCCCAUCCUCCUGCCCACCAAUCCCAAUUGUUCCCUAGCAGAGGUUUUGUUAUAGCACGAAGAGAUAUUCCCAGUAUGAGUUGGCUAUUGCAGCAAGUCUAGGGGUCACGCAUCCCGGAGGAGCGAAGGUACGAAAUAUUUCUUGGUGCCUAAAAAAAAGGAUGCUGAUUUUUUUUUUUUUGUGAUAAACUUUUAGUAGAAGUUUCCCCCCAUGCAUGUGGCAUUUACAGCUAUUUUAUGGUAUAUAUCUGCUGCAUGUGGCAUGUUUUUGUUUAUGCUUUAGAUGGGAAGAGUAUUUAUAGAUAAUUGUUGAUUAUGCUUCUGUUGUUAUUGGAGUAUGUACAUUGCUGUGCAUCAAUGUUUAUGGGUAAUGGGAGGUAAGUUGCUCCCUUUUUUCAUUUUGUCUUUUUUUCUCUUAUUGAAUAUUUCCAUAGUGCUGGAAAUCUAUUAGCAAAGUCAACAGCAGCACUGACGUGAAGUUUAUUGGUAAAAUUCUUGGUAGAUAAGGAAAAGCAACCGUGGACAUCCCCACGAACACAUUACUGCCUGCCCUCUCAGGCACACAGACUUUUUCUCUCUUUCUCACUCUCUCUCUUUUUCAUCCAGCCUUUAUUUAUUCUUUCUUGUCUUCCUCUUUUUUUCUUUGUAGUCUCUUCCUCUUUCUUCUCUGUUGUCUCUUCCUCUGUGUUACUCUUAUUCUGUUUUUCUCUCUUUCUCUUGUUCAUUCACUCUUUGUUCUCCUCUUUUCAAUUUUCCUGCCUCAGUCGAGCUCUUACACAAACACAAAUUACUAUUCUAGCUGUUGUUGUGGUAUUUUCAUAUUUUUGACAAAUUUAUGAAAAAGAAGAGGAAGACACUGCAAUCUUACUUCUUGAGGAAGAAUUUUUUUUUUUUUUUUCUUUUUUUUUUUUUUUUUCUUUUUCAGGAGUGAGAUUCAUAUGUUUUCUUAUACAAUCAAAAUGCUGUUGUUGAGAGCCUUGCCUAUUUGUUUUCUGUAAUGGAAACUGUAUGCAUAUAUAGUUGUUGUUUGUAUUCUGGGAUCAAGCGAUGUCUUCGGAAUUGUAUUUUGCAUUAUAGACUCUAGAUAAUUUCCAAAUUUUGUUGAAGGAAAAGAUGGGGAUUUUUUUUUUUUUGUGGAAAUUAUUUCUAGGUUGAACUUUUUAAUAAGAAGUAUAUGGCAUCAUAUCAAGUAAACCAAACUAAAAGCUGUAUUUUGAGGUGGUAAAAAGCAAACAAAACAAAACAAAAAAAAA